AUGGAGCCUUUCCUACCAGUGCUCGACAGCGGCAGCAGUGUUGAUCCUGUUCCUAUCACUGAUACCGCAUUCACAGAUAUGAACACUGCAGACAUUCAGGGAGUGUGUGAUCUGCUGGCUCUUGAUACCACAUCGUCAGGAGUAGACCUGGUGGCUCGAGAAUCAAACGUUCAAAGAGACAAGACCUUUCAGGAGGCAGGUCUUUCAUUGGAUCGUUUCCCUCAGUCUUCUCAUGAGGCAGAUUUGGUUGAUAGGCUCUUGGCCGAUGAAAUUGAGAAGCUGUCGUUAGAAGAGAAGGAUUUGUAUGGAAUGGCCCAAGAAACCAAGGACCCUGAGGAUAUUGAUGCUCUGCUAGAGCAAUUGGAGCUGGAAAUUCGAAAGAUACCUCGCCGGGAGGCCUAUGAAAAAGCCAAGUAUAUGAAUGAAGAGUAUGUGAUGGACAAGGGAUUUCGGCGUACAUUUCUUCGCACUGACGACUUCGAUGCGAAGUCUUCUGCACAACGAAUUGUAAAGCAUUUUGAUGUCAAACGUGAGCUGUUUGGUGAUGGACCUGCCUUGGCCAGAAAUCUACUCAUGAGUGAUCUCAGUGAAGAUGAAAUGAAGGUUCUCAAAUCAGGAAUCCGGCAGCUCUUGCCUGUGCGUGAUGCUGCUGGCCGUCUGGUCUUGGUGGUAUGCCCUGGCUACAGGGACAACUCUGUAUCAAUGGAUUCUCAGCUACGUGCCGAAAUAUACUUUGGAAUGAGAUGCACAAAGAGGGGUGGCAUAGUUGUGGUAAUCUGCCUUAUUGGAGAAUCCCUGCUCAAUCUACAACAACAGAUUUUUGGCCAACGUCAGCGAAUGAAAGCGAUCAGGUCAGGUGGGGUGCACAAGGUGGCUGGUGUCCAUAUCCUGUUGAGCCAAGAAUAUCUGCGUCCAUUGGUUGGUGGCAUUCGAUGGUUGCUGCCGGAGAAACUGAGAGCUAAAAUGCGUGUCCAUUUUGGGGACUUUGAACAGCUCAAAUUCAACUUGCAGACCUUUGGCAUCCCAACCGAUUGGCAACAUAAUACAGCUGGGCAUAUCGCGGACAUGUUUCGAGACAAUUUAGCUGGGAGGUAUGAAAAAACUGCAAUUGCUGAACGCAUUGUCACAAUUAUUCGAGAAUCGCAUGGCCGGUUUUUGAAAUGGGAAGAUGAUGCAUGGGAAGUAGUGGACCAAGAAGCAGCAAGGAACAAGAUUUCCCACUAUUAUCGAAACACACGCAAGAAAGGCCCCACCAACAAAAGCAAGACAUCCCCAUCUGAUAAUGGCUCUAUGCUGGCUUCAGCUCUGUCUAAGAGAACACAAUCAGAUUCAACGCAACAAUCACCACAGCGAAUUCAGAAACGGCACCAACGGGAUACCUAA